AUGUUGUCUACAAAACAACACUCAUCAGCCCGUCAUCUCAAACCCGGUGUAUACACACCGCUGCCAACCUUUUUCAACGAGGAUGAAGAGUUGAACUUGAAGGAAUAUGAGAAGCAUCUCAUUCAUGUUGUGAGUAAAGGAGCCUUUCCCGUAUGCGCUGGAUCCUUAGGCGAAGCAGUCCACCUGAGUCGUGAUGAGAGGAUAAUACUCAUCCGCUGUACAAGGCAAGCCCUUGACAAGCAAGGGUUUGAGUCUGUGCCCAUUGUCGCGGGUGUAGGAGGAUCGAGCACGCGCGAGACCAUUCAAUUGGCUCAAGAUGCCGCAAGCGCAGGAGCGACUGUAGGAAUGGUAAUUCCACCGGCAUACUAUGCAGCUACGUUGCAGCAGGAUUCGUCACAGAUCGAGCGAUACUACAUUGACAUUUGCAAAUCGUCGCCGAUUCCUCUUCUUCUGUACAACUUUCCAGCAAAUUCUGCGGGUCAAGAUCUUUCCGCAACUUCGAUAAAGACAAUCAUGGAAGGAUUCUCGAAUCUUUGCGGGCUGAAAUUGACUUGUCCCGGCCGCAUGGAGAAGCUUACUCAAGCGGUGUCCCUGUGUGAGGAUGGCUUGAAGCCUGACUUCUUGAUCUUGGACGGAGUGAUGCACGAUCUACCUACGUGGCAGGUGUUUGGGGGACAUGGUACUGUCAGCGGCAUCUCUAACAUUGCUCCCUCUUCUACUGUCAGGCUGUGGAAUCUUUGUUGUCUAAAGAUCCGAUCUGUAGAACAGGACGAUGAGCUCCAAGAAGUGCUGAGCGUCCUGAGCGAAGUUGAUGCGUUCGUCAUGCCCUUGGGGGUAAGGGGACUGAAUUACGUGCUUGGUUAUCUGCACGGAUAUGGCAAAAAACCCAGAAGACCCUUAUUAGCUCUAGAUAAGACCAACGGCAAGUUGGUUACAGAUCUGCUUGCUAAAGUUCUAAUUUUAGAGCAAAGAUACGAGACCUAG